AUCAUCGCAAACGGAUGGGCGGUUGAAGGUGGAUGUUGCCAAGGAAGCAAAUCCCAAAAAGGAGCAACAGCGAAUGCGCCACUUUACGGUCUCAUGCGAUCUCAUGCGUUGUGCCUAAUAGGGGGACAAGUUUCCCGUUGUUGGGAUCACUUCAACGCCCAUGAGAUCUUAUAAGAUCCCCCUUCAUCCUGCUUAACAAGAAAGCUACAAGUCAUUAACAAGCGUCUUCUCCUCGCAUCUUCUCUUUCCCUCGCAACUACUUCACUCUUUCAGUCUACGCACUCAUUCAAAAUGCUUUCCUCAACACUCACUACCCUCCUAUUUGGAGUCACAUUCGUUUCUGCUGCAACUCUUCCUCGCAGAAUGUUGACUGAAGACGACGUUAUCCUCUAUGGAAGAAGCGGCCGUGUCGAAGUCAUGAAGCGCUCAGAGUACUCUGCCAUCGCCGCUACGGGCAGCCCAUUCUACAACGCCGACAAUGCACCACCCGCCAAUGCAACAGUCUACAAGGCCACUAGCUCCUCAACCACAGACGAACUUCCAACCCGCGCCCUCGGAGCCCGCUGCUCUACCGAAACAGUCUUCACGCUGAACCCAGUUGAAACGUUCCUCAACUGGGACGUUCUCAUGUCCCGAGUGGUCAAAGCCAACACAGAUGGCACCUCUGUCUCUGUCACCGAAGGAUUCAGUAUCAGCAACUCCAUAUCCGUCUCUGCAUCCGCAUCACUCACCCUCGUCGAACAAUUCCUCAGCACGACAUUCAGCAUCAGCUACACCGAGACUUGGGCUUCUUCAUAUGCAGCAGCAUACACCUUCUCUAUUCCGACUGGAAAGUAUGGAGCGGUUGUUGAAAUUGCGGUCGUCAGCAACCCGAGUACGACGAGACAUAGUGGUUAUGUGGAUAUUGGAUGCAUUGCGGAGGGAGCGACUAGGGUCGCUUUCCAGGCUGAUUCUUACACUAGUAUGAGCUAUGAUUCUUUGGCUUGGGUUGAUGGUGUUAUUCAGUUGUGCACUGGGGAUACUUUCCCUUUGCCUAGAUGUACCGGAAGUGGAACUUUAUAGAAAACUUCUUAGAUUUCAUGGUUCUUUUGGGGCGUGGAGAAAAUUAGAAGCCCUGUGAUGUGGGCGUCUUUUAUAAGUUGAGUAGUAAUCGAAUCGCC